GAAAAGAUGAAGUGUUUCGGUUGGAUCGCGCUUUGCCUUAUUGUGCUGAUCUGCAUCGAGCUGCAGGUCGGCAACGCUCUACCCAGAAAAUCUAGUGCCCACAGGGAUGGAUUUCCACGCGAAAGCUGUUGCAACGAAUGUCCCGUCUGCCGGCAUCACUUUGACGUGGAAGCUCCCAAGGAUCCUGGUUGUCGGAAGCUUCGAAACUAUCACUAUGAUGUGGAAAAGUUUACCGAUUGUCAUAAAGAAACGUAUGAUCAUUUGGAUGCAGCAGUUGAGGUGUUACCAGAGCGAAGUUGUGGAAAAUCUUAUAAUUAUCGUUACGACAUGGAGCAGCCGUGCUGUUGUGAAGAGGAUACUUACGAUACUCACGAUUUUGAGGUACUGGAACCGAAAAAGAAAAAAAAGUGCUCCAAAGUUAAACUGGCUGCUUAUGCAGAUCAUCCUGUUCGGGAAUGUCAGUGCGAUUGUCACAAUAGACGGUAUGUGGUAAAUAAAGUAAAUGAUAACCAACUUAAUAGUACCGCCCAGGAACGAUCCACAGACGACAGUAGUCGCAAUGAGUUACCACGUCUACGACGCAGUAUUUUAGACCCAUUGAAAACUGAUAAAUUUACCCCUGGGCUUAGUGACCCAGCUGACCCAGGGCAAAUUUUUGUCCAUACGCAUAGGCCACUAAGGCCCAGCUUUCGUGCAAGAAAUCCUUUUUUAAGGCGUCCACCGAACAUGCCACGAUCGAAGCGUAAAGAGUAUGCUUUCAGCAAUAUGGCGGCUGAUCGUCAGGGUGGUUUUGUUUGUCACUGUAUGCCCGCGAAUCAGGCAAAUUUGGUAAAAGCGGAAGCAAGUGAGCUAGUGAGUGCUCCCGGGAUGCGACAAAACAACGCCGAGCCAGCCGUUUACAUCGGGGACGCCUCGAAUCCCAUUACGUACGAGCAGAUCAAGAAGCAUUUGGACGCCCUGCCAAGGGAGGAGUAUAGUCCGACCACUAACGAUGUGAUAGGCAAUUUGACCGUACUUUUUUAUGAUAUUUAUCAGCAAAAGCAUAAGAAAAACUUUACCCUACCGUUGAAGUACGGUACGAGGACCGUGAUCGAGCAAGGUGAUGGUCUGCAGAAGUACGAGAUUGAACCGAUUGAGGGUGAAUACAAGCCACCAAAGUUGAAUCGGGUGGCCUCAAAGGGUCUUAAUUUGAUCGGAAGGAAAAUUGAUCGGAAAACGGUACCAAGUGAGGAUCGGCGAAGAAAUCGGUUACGUAAAAGAACAUGA